UUCUUAUAUCUCUCGCCUUUAUGUGUUUUGUACUAUCAAUAACCUCUAAAUCAAAAAGUAAAAAUCCAUACAACCAUUUUACCACCUACCAAAAAGGCUCUAAAGUUGAACUCGAGGAGUAGAAAAAAUAGAAAGAUAACCAAAGUAGCAAAGAGAGUAGAGGUGGUUGACACUUACCAAGAUGAGCGAGUUAUUGCAGAGAGCAGAACAGCAAAAUCAGAUUGAAAUUGAUGAAGAACAACCAACCAAAUCACUUGAUUUUUUCCAUGAAAAACAGAACGAGCUACCUUCUUCUCAAAAUUUCAACCAGAAAAACCGCCUUCAUUCUCUUGACAUUUUUAGAGGCUUCACUGUUGCUCUGAUGAUUUUAGUGGAUGAUGCUGGAGGAGAAUGGCCUAUGAUUACACAUGCACCAUGGAAUGGCUGCAACUUGGCUGAUUUUGUAAUGCCUUUUUUCUUGUUCAUUGUUGGCAUGGCAAUUCCUUUAGCCCUCAAGAGGGUACCGGACCGACUUAUGGCUAGCAGAAAAGUAAUCUUUAGAACCCUUAAACUUCUUUUAUGGGGCAUCCUUUUACAAGGAGGGUAUUCUCAUGCUCCUGACAAACUGACAUAUGGAGUUGACAUGAAAAGAAUAAGGUGGUGUGGAAUUCUCCAGAGAAUUGCUCUGUCAUAUCUGGUUGUAGCCUUGCUGGAGAUAGCAACUAAAUCCUUUCAAGACAAUUAUCAAUUAUCUGGCCGAUUCACCAUAUUUAAGUUAUACUGCUGGCAGUGGGUGGUUGGAGCAUGUGUUCUUAUUAUUUACUUCUCUGUGCUCUAUGGAGUAUACGUCCCCGAUUGGGAAUUCACUGUUCAGAAUGCAGAGAGCCCCGAUUAUGGGAGACAUUUCACUGUGACGUGUGGUGUCAGAGGAAAAUUAGACCCUCCAUGUAAUGCAGUUGGAUAUGUUGAUAGAAUAUUGCUAGGGAUUAAUCAUGUGUAUAAACAUCCAGCAUGGAAAAGAUCUAAGGCUUGCACUGCAAAAUCUCCUUACGAGGGGCCUCUUCUAGAAAAUGCUCCCUCCUGGUGUCAUGCACCAUUUGAUCCCGAAGGGAUUUUAAGCUCAAUAUCUGCCAUACUUUCAACAAUCAUUGGAGUACAUUUUGGCCAUGUACUUAUUCACAUUAAGGAUCACACCGGCAGAUUGAAGCAUUGGGUUUCAAUGGGUCUUGCCCUCCUUAUCUUAGGAUUUUUGCUUCAUUUCACCAAUGCGAUCCCUUUGAACAAGCAGCUAUAUACUUUCAGCUACGUUUGUGUGACAUCUGGUGCAGCAGCCUUUGUGUUCUCAGUCUUCUAUGUGCUGGUUGACACUUUAGAUGUUAAGUUUUUGUUUCUUCCAUUCAAGUGGAUUGGCAUGAAUGCUAUGCUUGUCUUUGUUAUGGCUGCUGAGGGGAUUUUUGCAGGAUUUAUUAACGGGUGGUACUAUGAUGAUCCACAUAAUACACUGGUAUACUGGAUUCAACAGCAUGUUUUCAUCGGAGUUUGGCAUUCAAAACGAGUUGGAAUCCUGUUGUAUGUGAUCUUUGCAGAAAUCCUGUUUUGGGCUGUUGUUUCUGGCAUUCUGCACCAGCUCAAGAUCUACUGGAAGCUCUAGCUGUACUUACUUCACCAUUGUAUAGUCAUGGUUUCUGUUGCUGCAUACUUCCAUACCGUUGUAAAGAUUGGCAAAAUCAUGUAAAAGUUUCAGUUGUUGUAAUGCACUUUUUUAAAAAAAAAAAUCUUGCCAUGGUACUUUGAUA